CUGCGUAUUGGUAUGAAUUGUCUUAGUCCUUCAAAGGUCUCUGGCAGCCUCAUGGCUUGAUAUAAAGCGCUUUGCAGCGCUCAAAAGUGUUCAAUUCUGCCAUCGCAAACAUGAUACUCCCUACAAUCAUGAUCGCAUAGCUCCUUUCAUCCACCCGACAUUGAUGGAGUUCGAUACCUCAACCUGCAAGCCCAAGAUGUGAGAAACCUCACCAGAACCUCGCUGCCGCCUGGUACACUCGAUGGAGCGGUAUACACCGUCGAUUUCUGCAAUGUUACCGUCUCGUACGAGCAUUCUGGAUGGCAUGACACAGUGAGCGUCACUGUCUGACUUCCAAUCUCGCAAAGAAGGAUUUGUGGCACUCGCUACUGACUCCGGUCAUGAAACUAGACUGAAGAGCGCGAGGAGUGCGGAGUGGGCUUUGGCAAGCACCGGAGAUCUCGAUUUGCCGCUGCUUUAUAAUUUCGGCUUUCGGAGCUUAGGGAAAAUGAUAUCGAUCGGAAACAGGAUCACGAGUGACUUCUUUGGCAGCGAGCCGAAGUAUUCCUACUUCAGUGGUUGUUGCGGCAGAGGUCGACAAGCGAUGGAGCUUGCGCAGCGGUUUCCAAACGAUUACGAUGGUGUGCCAGCGGCUGCGCCUGCCAUGAAUAUCGAGACAUUUAUCCCGGCAGCAAUAUGGUCCGCAAUGGUCAUGAGAAAUCUGUCGACGUACCCAUCAGCUUGCGAAGGUAAUGCCUUCUCGAAACGAGCUAUUCAAGCUUGCGAUCUCUUGAACGGACUGGAAGACGCAAUCGCAUCGCGACCAGAGCUAUGCAAUUUCGAUCCUUCUUCCGCAGUUGGGGCUAGGAUAAGUUGUAACGGCACAGAUAAAGUCUUGUCCGCUGCUGCUGCAGAUGUGGUACGAGUAGCUUGGAUUGGCCCGCACGAUCCAGAGGGUAAUUUCAGUUGGCCUGGCUUGAAUGUGGAUGCUUCUUUGACCGGUUACAUUUCAACUACCUGUUCAUCUGACGACCAGUGCACUCAAUCAGAUUCCGAGCUCUUCACUGGAUUCUGGAAGUACUUUUUGGCUAAGGAUCCGGCUUUCGAUGUUACGACUUUGACGGAUGAGCAGUUUUUUGAUUACUUGAGAACCUCUCAGAGAGUCUUUGGUCCCAUCAUGGCUGCGCACGAUCCAGACUUGUCAAGCUUCCAGAAAGCUGGUGGAAAGAUGAUUAGCUGGCACGGACUUGCUGAUGAGACAAUUCCUCCUGUUACAAGCCGGUAUUACGACCAGGUGAUGGAGCGUGUAUCCGAUGUCCACCAGUUCUAUCGUCAUUUCGAGGCCCCAGGAGUCGGACAUUGUAUGGGAGGUUUGGGUCCGUUGCCAGGGACUGCAUUUGACCAGCUCAUCAACUGGGUGGAGGAAGGAGUCGUCCCUGAUAAACUGAAAGCUGUCGGGCAAGUGGGCCGAAAGGGAUUUAUGCCCUUAUCCUUCUGUUACAGACCUUCGUCGGCGAGAGCGAAGACUAUGCGCUGAACUUCGAAUGCGUGUAAAUGGAUCGGUUCCGUAGCUGAAUUAGCAUUGCAAGCUUGUGUGCAGGUCACCCUGCAACUAUCGACAGUGGCCAUUCCAGAAAUUCAGACCAACGCUGACCUAAGCAUUGAUCUAGAUGGUGAACAAGUGUAGCUGGCCAAUCUCCAAUCCACCAUAGUCCCGUGCCUAGCUUGAGCAGAACCGCGUAAUAUGCGAGGAUAACCAAAGCAACAGGCUUCCGUUCCGAAAGAAGUGAAAGGAAGUGAGUUCCAACACACAUUGGCCACGAUGAAACUAGUCUUUUGCUCAUGGUUGCAUCCUCCUGCUGUUGCACGAGAG